UUGGUAUAAAAAUUAACUUGGAUUAUUGUAGCUGCAAUUGCGGAAAUCUAUGUCAAUAUAGUUUCCAUUGAUUAUUCACUAUGAAAUUUUGAAAUGAGUAAAGCAUUUUCAUGCUCUAUAUUCAUCUUUUGGAUACUUUGACUGUUUUUGUUUCUUCAGCCUUCUUGUAGGAAGCAAUGGUUUCAACCGGUGUUGGAAGUUGUUAUAUGUGAUUUUUUUUUAAUCAUUGUGCUUGUUCACUUUGGAUAUUAUUUCAACAGCCAAUUUUCAUCCUUCCUAGGACAUCGAGUCCACAGCUUUUUUUUCCGAUUAAAUGGGGUCAUUGCUAUUUGUUGAAACUUACAUAACUGGUGAGCUGAGCGAUUUUAAUGGCAGGCAAUGGCCUGCCAUCUCUGGGUCGUGUGAAGCUGACCGAUCUUGUACCUUCUGAAGGCCUUCCUUCAGACUCUUACAAGUUAUCAGUCUCAACUUUAUCGCAAUCUCUUGCUCAAUUUUCGGCUGCCAUCAUUCAGUUUCCGACAAGUGAUGGAGCUCUUUUGAGAUCCGGUUUAGAUUCUGCCCACCUUUACUUCCAACAAAAAGAAGCAUACCCAUCCUCGGAGUUGAUUCACGCAAAUGAUUCUUGUGAGUGGUGCAAAACAACUGGUUACUAUGCUGAUCCCCAACAAUGGCUAGAAACAUAUGAUUACCGACCUAGCAUAACUCCUGCAGAGCCCAGCUCUGGAAUGGAGUUUCCCCCAGGUGGUUUGCCUGACAUAUUUGGCUUGCUUGGUAAGGCAGCUCGAGAUGUACUGGAUGCGAUCAGCUAUUACAUGAACUUGCGUAGCUCUCCUUUUACAGAAAUACUCGAUAAUGUACCCUUAAGAAGCCGGGAAAUAUCUUCUUCAGUAUUAUCCGUGUGCUGUCAUGGAAGGCCUUCGUUUCCUGGGGCACAAAACCACAAUUUAACAACACAGGAUGAUAGUCAAUUGAUCAUGUUCCCUGACCAUGAGCACCAGGUCGAUAAAAGCUUAAUAUCCAUUGUUAAGCCUGAUAAGGCGGGUUUUCAUGUACGGGAUUUUCAUGGUCAGUGGAUUCUCGUUGAUUGGGACCUUGGUCCCCAAGAAGCUGUUGUAUAUCCUGGACUUGCACUUUACCAAGCAACUGCAGGUUACGUAAAUCCUGGACUCCAUCAAACCGAGAAUAAUAAUAUGCCGGGUAACAUAUAUGGAAGAUGCUCAUUGGUCUUUAAGCUCAUGCCAAAAUCUAUGACAAGUCUCAGUUGUUCAGAGAUGAGAGCUGCUGGUCAUGGGGUUGAAGCUCAGUUCCAGCUUCCUAUACCGGUGGAUGACUUCAUGCAGAGAUCACAUCCUACAGAUCAGCUCUUUAAUCGAAACGCUUUCCAGAGUUUCAGUUUCCCAACAGUUCAAGACGGAUCUAUGAAGCCCUUGAUGAGAAGACGGAAGAGCAAUACACGAUGCAAACCUCUGCCUCCUUCCAAGAGAUUACGUCUCGAGGCACAAAGAGUGCUUAAGGAAAGGGUUCAGGAUAUUGCAGAUAAGAAGGGCAUCAAACUAAGGUUUUGUAGCCUAAAAGAGUGCGAGAACCACAUUCAUGGACUUGAUAGCCCUUGUGCCAAUAUCAGAAUGGAAAUCGGAUGGCCUCAUGGGGUGCCGUUUGUUCAUCCCCACGAUCUACCUAAUAAGGCAAAGAUUGGUUUUCUCGAAGCGUAUGAACCCGAUUGGACAGCAACUCAUGACAAUAACAUGGAAUUAAGGCUAACGGAACCGGGACAGGCCAGUCAACGGUUGACAAACUGUAACUGAAUCCCUGUUGUAACUUCAUAUGUCCGUUGUCCUCAACUAUGUUGAUCCUGCUCGGUUUGCAAGAUCUUGACUAGGUGGUUUGUAGCCUUUUGCCAAAUACCGGCCCCUUGGGAACCGAACGAGUACGUUGUCUGUCCUCCCUCAAUUCUAUAUGUAGUUUUUCUCCAUGUUUGAGUUUUUCAGGCAAGAAAUGGAGAAAUAGGAAUCAUUUGAUUUUAAUAACUUGAGUGUUCUUUUUAUGACUUGGUCUUGAUUUGGGGUUCGAAUUCUAAUAGUUCUGUUCCCUCUCUCUCAUAUUUGAGUCGGGAUGUAAGUGAGAUAUUUAUACUAGUUACUCAAAUUCGAUCGAAAAAAAUUCAUUUCUUUCUUUGUUGAA